CGGACCGGCAAAAGGCGGCGCGUCUGGAGAGGUGGAGCCCCGAGGUGACCGGCGCUGCUGAGAAACGCCCCCACCCCCCGCGGUCGAAGUGGUUCAGCCCGAGAAUUUUUCAUUCAUAAAAAGAAAAGGCUGCGCGAGGCGUGAGUGAGUCAGAACCCGAGCUGCAGACGCGGACCCCACCGAGCCGCCAGCCCAGGGCAUGUACCGAGACUUCGGGGAACCCGGACCGAGCUCCGGCGCCGGCAGCGCGUACGGCGGCCCCGCGCAGCCCUCCGCCGCGGCGCCGGCGUCAGCACAGCAGAAGUUCCACCUCGUGCCAAGCAUCCACGCUGUGAGUGGCAGCCAGGAGCUGCAGUGGACGGUGCAGCCCCAUUUCCUGGGGCCUGGCAGCUACCCCAGGCCUCUGGCCUACCCCCAGUACAGCCCCCCACAGCCCCGGCCGGGAGUCAUCCGGGCCUUGGGGCCACCUCCAGGGGUGCGUCGCAGGCCCUGUGAACAGAUCAGCCCGGAGGAGGAGGAACGCCGCCGAGUGAGGCGCGAGAGGAACAAGCUGGCCGCGGCCAAGUGCAGGAACCGGAGGAAGGAACUGACCGACUUCCUGCAGGCGGAGACCGACAAACUGGAGGAUGAGAAAUCCGGGCUGCAGCGAGAGAUUGAGGAGUUACAGAAACAGAAGGAGCGCCUGGAGCUGGUGCUGGAAGCCCACCGACCCAUCUGCAAAAUCCCGGAAGGAGCCAGGGAGAGGGAUGAAGGCGCUACCAGCAGCACCAGCAGCCCACCAGCCCCCUGCUGCCCUGUACCUUGUAUCUCCCUGUCCCCGGGGCCUGUGCUUGAACCCGAGGCAUUGCACACCCCCACACUCAUGACCACACCCUCCCUCACUCCUUUCACCCCCAGUCUGGUCUUCACCUACCCCAGCACCCCUGAGCCCUGCGCCUCAGCUCAUCGCAAGAGUAGCAGCAGCAGUGGAGACCCAUCCUCUGACCCCCUCGGCUCCCCGACCCUCCUCGCUUUGUGAGACACUCCAGCCCCACUCCCUGCAAGUGCCACUCUAGCCAACAUCUCGUCCUCUUCCCCCACUGGCCCAGCUGGCUUGGGCCAUAUCCCAUGCCCAACCCCAGCACAUUCUUCCCCAUUCCUCCAGAUGAGACUGGACAUAUUUUGCUUUGUGGUAGAGCCAACCUGGGGCCACCAAAGCUGCCCACUGUUUCUCUAGAGCUGGCCUCUCUAGCACAAUUUGCACUAAAUCCGAGACAAAAUAUUUACCAUUUGUGCCUGAGGAUCCUGGCAGCCCAGAGACUUUGUAGAUCCCUGAAGGUCCUCUGGAGCCCUCACACCUUCUAGACCACCCUUACACUCUCCAUCACCCCCUUCUUGUGACCCACCCAACCGUACUGCCUGACAGAAGGUGCCAUUGAUUGUACCAGCUUAGAACACUAAUUCACCCAGCCCCACUGCCAGCAGCACCAGGUGAUCGGACUAGGCAUUCUGCGGGCCUCUCCUGAACAGCACAGCUUAGGAGGUACCAGCGGCUUCUGUGAUAAGCUGUCCUGCAAACCCCAGCUGUGAGAAGCCUUCAGCUCCAGAGAAUCCACGUCGCCACAGCAAGGGCAGCUGCUAUUUAUUUUCCUAAAGAGAGUAUUUUUAUACAACCUGCCAAAGUGGAAUAAAAGGCUUGAAGCUCUGGCCAGGGUGUUCCAUUGGCCACAGGCUAAAGGGAGACCAUUUGGAGCCAGAAGCCCUAGGUUCCGGUCUCAACUCCAGAGACUCACUGCAUGACCUCGGACAAAUUCUUUGGUAUUUUUGGACCUCGGCUGUCCUAUGUGACAAAUUGGGCUACAUCUCUGCUCUGCCUCAUCUCCAGGAUUGUGAGGAGAGUGCACUCGGGUGCAAGCGAAGAGGAUUAUCCUUUCUCCCGUGGGAGCCCACAGUGCUCCUGCGUGUGCCACAGGGGGUCGCUGUUAUGCCCUCUUUCAGCCUCAGAAGAGGCGGCCUAGUGGGUUCUAGGCCCCCAACACCUGCUUCCUGCCCCAUUGUCUUGGACAGGAAGGAGCCGGGAAGGGAGCUGGAACCACUUCAGGGGCCGGAUUACGACCUCUCC